AUGCUGUUCUGUCGAGCUGUUGGUCUGGAAGUGCGUUUGGUGUACGAUGUUACAGACCAUGUUUGGUGUGAGAUCUGGAGUAGUGACCUGGACCGAUGGAUUCACUGUGAUCCAUGCGAAAAUGUCAUCGACACCCCGCUUCUCUAUGAAAGGGGCUGGGGAAAGAAACUGAGCUAUGUAGUUGCACUUGGCUUGGAUCACAUAACAGAUGUUACGUGGAGGUACACGUACGAUCACAUGGAAACGGUGGCCAGAAGAAAAUCAUGUCGCGAAGCAGUUCUGAGAGAUUUUGUUAAGGAACAAAAUAUUGUCCUUGGGAGAAUAGUUACCGAUGAACGAAGGAAAGAAUUGGAAAGAAGAUGCCUGAAGGAACUGAUCGAGUUCCUUAGUCCCAAUAUGCAAGUACGUGAAGGUAGCGGAGUAGAAGAGCAGGGACGAACAACCGGUUCCGAGGAAUGGAGAAAACAGCGAGGAGAAGCUGGUGAUUCGAAGCAGAAGUCGCCGGCAGCAGUGGUGCUUGCGCCAACUGAAGAAGAAAUUGCUAACAAGCUUUUUAGCUUGGAGUACGACUGCGCGAAAGAUGAAUACAAAAGAGGGCCAAAUGUAAUUAAGGGCUGGCAAACGCUUGUCAAUAAGCAAGAAAAUGUGUGUCGA